GUGUGUCCCAGGCACCAACAGCUCUGGCUGCUAAGUGGAGCAGGUGGACUCUAGGAAAGAUCAGGAGCUGCCUGAGCAGCCGAAGGGGCUGCUCCCACCAGACCCCUGCCCUCUAGACAUGUCCCCAGGACCCCUUGAUCCCCACCCCUGUGGUCCUUCAGGGGUAAAGUCAGACUAAGCGCCACCAUCCUAGGGCUGGUGCCAUGCCCCGGCCCCGGGCACAGCUGGCCGCUGGCUCGGAGGACAUGGAAACAGUUGCCCCAGCUGUGGACCUGGUGCUGGGGGCCUCAGCCUGUUGCCUGGCCUGCAUCUUCACCAACCCCCUGGAAGUGGUGAAGACGCGGCUGCAGCUGCAGGGGGAGCUGCAGGCCCCAGGCACCUACCACCGGCCCUACCGGGGCUUGGUGGCCUCAGUAGCCGCUGUGGCCAGAACAGAUGGACUGUGUGGCUUGCAGAAGGGGCUGGCCGCCAGCCUCCUCUACCAGGGCCUCAUGAACAGCGUCCGCUUCUACUGCUAUAGCCUGGCCUGCCAGGCUGGCCUCACCCAGCAGCCAGGUGGCACCGUGGUGGCAGGAGCUGUGGCUGGGGCACUGGGAGCCUUCGUGGGGAGUCCUGCUUACUUGGUCAAAACGCAGCUGCAGGCCCAGACGGUGGCUGGGAUAGCAGUGGGGCACCAGCACCACCACCAGAGCGUCCUGGGCGCCUUGGAGACCAUCUGGCGGCAGCAGGGCCUGGUGGGGCUGUGGCGGGGUGUGGGCGGGGCCGUGCCCCGAGUCAUGGUUGGCUCGGCUGCCCAGCUGGCUACCUUCGCCUCUGCCAAGGCCUGGGUGCAGGAGCGGCAGUGGCUCCCGGAAGACAGCUGGCUGGUGGCACUGGUCGGAGGCAUGAUCAGCAGCGUGGCUGUGGUUGCUGCCAUGACCCCCUUCGAUGUGGUCAGCACUCGGCUAUACAACCAGCCCGUGGAUGGAGCUGGCCGGGGCCAGCUGUACAGGGGCCUCUUGGACUGUUUGGUGAAGAUCUGGCGGCAGGAGGGCCCUCUGGCGCUCUACAAGGGCCUGGGCCCCGCCUACCUGCGCCUGGGCCCCCACACCGUCCUCAGCAUGUUCCUGUGGGACGAGCUCCGGAAACGGGCUAGACGGAGCCGGCGCCAGGACACCUAAGCCGCAUCCCUCACCCCCCCCACCCCGAUCCUGACACAUCCCGUCACCCAUUCCAGCUGGGAAUGGCCACUGCAGAGCCAGCCACAGGCCCAGGCCUGGCUACCGGUCUGGGGGAAAUGUGGGCAGCUGUAGUCCACCAGCCCCAUGACCCAGCACCCUGCUCUGAAUCCCCACCCACUCUCUUCUGCAGAGCGUUCUCCUCCCUCUGCUGUCUGGGGUCACCUUGUCCCCGAGUCUUGUUCAUUGUUACACUAACCACUCCAGAGCAUCUCUGCGAGCUGGGUCACUUACCCGCACCAGCACGCUUCAUUCUGAAAGAGCAGCAUGAAGUAAUACAGUCCUCCUUGGCUGAUGAGGAAGCCGAGGCGCAGAGGGUGCCUCGCUUUGACCACUGGAACUCAGCCCCACCCAGACCAGGACUGCGCCCUUGGCAAGGACCAGGACCCUGGGGGCUGGUGUGUCUCUGAGGGGUCACUGCACACGUGAGGAGGCCCCAAGGGCACCAUGAGGCAUGUCACCAUCUGUGGUGGCUGCUGUAACAAAGUGCCCCAGACUAGGCGUCUGUAACAACAGAAAGUGUUUUCUCACCAUUCUGGUAGCUGAUGUCCAAAUUUAAAGGGUCAGCAGGGUUGGUUUCUUUCGAGAACUUUCUCCUCGGCUUGCAGAUGGCCAGCUUCUCUGUGUCCUUCCUUCUGUGCAUGUCUGUGCCCUAAUGCCCUCUUCUUAUAAGGACACCAGUCAUAUUGGACUAAGGCCCACCCUGGCAACCUCAUGUUCAUUUAAUCCCCUCUUUAAGGACCCAGGCUCCAACUAAGUCACAUUCUGAGGACUGGGGCCUCGGACUUCAUUACAUGAAUGGAGGGUUGGGAAACACAAUUCAGGCCAUCAAAAGCCAACAAAGGGCUUUUACUAAGGUCUUGCUAGGUGCCCAGCC